CAACGCCACAUCCACAACCGACGCUCCUUCCGAUUUCUAGGGAUUUCAAUUUCAGGGAAGAUCAAAUUACUGGAGAGGAAGAGCACAGAGUAAGCAGAAGCUGCCGGCGCGAUGUCCUACUUGCUGCCGCAUUUGCACUCUGGAUGGGCCGUCGAUCAGGCCAUCCUCGCCGAGGAAGAGCGCCUCGUCGUCAUCCGAUUCGGCCACGAUUGGGAUGAGACCUGUAUGCAGAUGGAUGAAGUGUUGUCCUCUGUUGCUGAUACAUUGAAGAACUUUGCGGUGAUAUACCUGGUGGACAUCACCGAGGUGCCCGAUUUCAACACCAUGUACGAGCUGUACGAUCCAUCAACCGUCAUGUUCUUCUUCAGGAACAAGCACAUCAUGAUCGAUCUCGGCACUGGAAACAACAACAAGAUCAACUGGGCUCUCAAGGACAAGCAGGAGUUUGUUGACAUUGUGGAGACGGUCUAUCGGGGAGCGAGGAAAGGGCGUGGUCUCGUCAUUGCUCCCAAGGACUACUCCACCAAGUACCGGUACUGA